GGAAGUUCCGACGCUCCCUGAACGCGUCCUGCUCUGAAGUUAGAAGUGCGGCAGGUUCGAGUCUUCCGCUGCGUCACGCUUCUGUUGCUCAACAACCGAGUCCGAGUCAGACCCGUUCAGGCUGGUUCCGGUUCCGGAGAGGUUCUGGCGGAGUUCUCACUGUCUCCCAGAACCGAACCGGACUGAGUUCUUCCGAACUUGGCCGCGCUGAGGAACCCAGGAAGGAGCGUCUCUGAGGCGGAUGUGGAACAAUGAGCCCCGCCGCCUGACAGACCCGAAGGUCCGGAUCCCCGGAACCAGGACCCGGUUCAACUAAAGCCGAACAAGAACCAGAACCAUGGGGACCCAGGGGACAGGAAGGAAGAGGUCCACCAAGAAGGACCGCUCCACCGCGGAGGACGAAGCUCUGGACCGGAUCGCCAGAGAGGCGGAGGCCAGGCUGGCAGCCAAGAGGGCGGCGAGGGCGGAGGCCCGGGAGAUCCGGAUGAAGGAGCUGGAGCGCCAGCAGAAGGAGAUCUUUCAGGUGCAGAAGAAAUACUACGGUCUGAACCCCGGGCUGGACGAGCAGGCUGACAGUAAAUGGGGAGACAUAGAGCAGUGGAUGGAGGACAGUGAGAAGUUCUCGCGUUCUUCCCGGAUCCACGCGCUUUCCGAUGACGAUGAGCGGAUGUCGGUGGGAAGCCGCAGUAGCGUCCGGUCGGACCUGGACUCUGUGGGGGUCUACGGUGGAGGGGGUUCCGCUCUGCACCACAAAUCAAAGAAGAAGAAGAAGCAUAGGCACAAGGACAGGACUGUAUGUAGACAUGGUGUCAGCGAUGAUGGCGGCGAGCUCUCCAGCAGGAGCUCCAGACUGAGCGAUGAAGGUCCGAUGUCUCGGUCCAGACUGGACCUGCAGCCGGCGUCUCAUGCCUCCUUGGACCUGUAUGGACUCAGUGGUCCGUCCUCUUCCAGAACCUCCAGCUUGUCUUUCGCUGGUUAUCAGGGUUCUGUCCAUGAAGACGGUCUGAGUCUGUGCAGCGGGUCCCGCAGAGCCUCCGGCUCCGGGUCGCACCCUGUAGAGUACAGCAGCUACCGCAGCUCCAGAGCUUCCAGCAGAACCAGUUCGGCCCGGACCAGCCCAGUGCAGGACGGCUCUGUGGCCAGUUUUCUGAGGAGCGCCGUCAGCAGCAGAGACCUGGAUGAUGUCACCAUUCCUGACUUCACUGAAGUGGAGGACAGAGACUACCUUGAAAAGGGACCUCGAGCAGCGUCGGCCCUCACAGCCGCCACCCUCACCUCCUUAGGAGGCACGUCGUCCCGCAGAGGGAGCGGAGAGACGGCUCUGACCGUGGACGCCGAGAGCUCCAUCAGGGAGAUCAAGGAGAUCCAUGAGCUGAAAGAUCAGAUUCAGGACGUGGAAGCAAAGUACCUCCAGAACCUGAAGGAAGUGAAGGAUGCAAUGGCAGAAGUGGAGGAGAAGUACCGCAAGGCCAUGGUGUCCAACGCCCAGCUGGACAACGAGAAGAACAACCUGAUGUACCAGGUGGACACGCUCAAAGACUCUCUGAUGGAGCUGGAGGAGCUGCUCUCAGAGUCACGGCGGGAAUUCGACGAAAAGGUCAAGGACUUGGAGCGGCAGAGACACGCCCACAGCGUCCUUCAGUUCCAGUUCAGCGAGAUGAAGCAGACGCUGCAGCAGAGCGAGGAGCUGCUGAACGAGAUCCGUCAGCUGCGUCUGAAGCAGGAGGCGCAGCGUAGAGAGAUCGGCGACCUGCAGGAGACGUUGGAGUGGAAGGAGAAGAAGAUGGGGGCGUUAGAGCGCCAGAAAGAAUACGCAGACGCCAUCCGCCUGGAGCGCGAUGAGCUCAGAGAGGAGGUGGUGCAGCUGAAGGAUGUUCUGAAGAAACACGGAAUCGUCCUGGGUCCCGACCUGAGCAUCAACGGCGAGGCCGGACAGUCGGAUGCUCCGCGCUCUCCUGGCGAGGAGUCGCUUUCCCAGACGCCUCCGGAUUCCCAGACGUCUGCGGCUGAAGGGAACAGCGUGCUCGGCGGCACAGAGGAGGAGGUAGAGCAAGAGGAGCAGCGAGAAUCUCUGGAGGAUGACCAAGAAAAUAAGUUCAUGGUUGAUGUUGAAGGACCUCCAAAGGAGCAGAAGACAUCCUUACCCUCUGAGGUCCACAGUCACCUCCAAAGUGCUGCAGCCUCUAAAGCUAGCGUCAUUGUCAGCCGUGACUUUCAGGAGAUUCAGGAGUCUGAAGGAAAUGUUCCCCAGACAGAGAAAUGUGAGCAGGGUCACUCCAAAGGUCACCCAGAGGAACAUGAAACCAACCCUUCAGAAGGUCAAGAAAGCAUGGUGGACAUCGGCGAGGGAGGCGAUGCUCCACAGCCUCAGGAAACUCUUGGACAAGCUGUUACAUCAGAACAUCUGGCCGAGGAAUACGUCCCGGUCGGAUCAAACACAGAACCGUUACAAGAACCAGAGGAGCCCGAGAACCGGGAGGCUGAGGAAACGGCGGGUAAACCCCAGUCUCAGAUUUCCACAACUUCAGCAAAAAAGAAGAAGAAGAAGAAAAAAGGAAAGAAGAAAGGAACUCAUGAAAACAAAGACCAACAAAGACCUGGAACCGAGAAGGAAACGGGCCAAACAGAUUCAGUGGUGUGUACCGACGGGCCCGCAGCAGAACCUGGAUCUGUUGGGUCCAUCUCUGAGUCUGGUCAGGGCAAUCCAGAACCGGAACAAGUGGACGCUGCUAAAUGCAGUGAAACUUUUUCUCUCAAGGAGAAUCUGCACGAACCGAACCCAGAUCAUGACAACAAGGAAACUAUGAAUACCCAGAAUCUAGAAGCUGAAGCUCUGGAACCAAGCAAGAAGCUCCUCAAAGAAACCAGAGCUGGGCAUCAUGAGGACCCAAAGGAUGAGGAAAAACCUGCAGAACCAAAGAGUCUGGACUAUGAGGCUCCAGACAAUCUCACUGAAGGUUCUUCCCCUUUCAAGCACCAUAAGGAAUGUUCUAGAAUAACCAGUCAUGAUCCAGAGGGCAGUCUUCUAAUGUCUAAGGACAGCAGGUCACCUUUGAAUGAAGAUGCCUCCAUCAGAGAGGACAUCCCAGGAGUCCCGCAAUCAAGCCCAGAUCAGUUCUCGGAUGAGGAGGAACAAGGAGAUGCUCUGGGACCUUCAGAAACAUCUGGUCUCACUGAGACAAGGUUGGAGCUUUCAGAAGAUGAACAGAGUCAGGGAAGAUCUAGAGAAGCAGACAAACCGGAACCCAAGGAACCGACUAAAGGAUUCCUCCAAGAUGAUCAAGUUGCGGAAUCUGUACCAGAGUCCAGAAUGGUUGGAGACGAUGGCAGAGUCACUGCAGAAGAGGAUGUUGCCAUAGAAACCCCUGAUACUUCUAAUGAAACCAGAGUAGAUCUUCUUAAGAUGGCCCAGAGCCAUGAAGAAAAACCUGAUUCAGUAACGGAAAUCCUGAAAUGUUCCUCAGAAGUUGGAUCAAUGAGUGAACCUGGUGAGGCUGACCCUAACCCUAUGGGUGAAGAAGAUUUGAAGCCAUCAGAUGAAAAAGAGACGGAACCUCCAACCAGUCCUGAUGCAGAAGGAAACCCCCAGAAAUCUGGUGGCAUUCCUGAUUCUCCGAGUGGAGAAGACUCGUCACGAGGCACGAGUGUGAAAAACAUCCACAGCGAGUUGGAACCAGUGGAUGGAGAUGAAACGAUGACUACCAACCCUGAAGGUAUCUCAGAGUCCUUUAGAGAAGAAGAUGGUGUCCCUGAAACACGCGUUCCUGAAGGUGAUGAAGUUCCUGCUGAGUCAGAAUCUACUGAUGGUUCCAAGACUGACCAGGAUGAGGACUCCAAAGAUGAGCCCAUAGACUCAUCAGCUGGGAACAUCUGCAGCCCCUCCAGGAAGGAACCCAGAGAGGGUCCUGAGGAGGCAUCUGAGCCAGACCAUGGAGAACCAAAGACCUCUGGAGAUGAUGAUCCACAGAUGGAAGAAGGCAGUGCAGAGAACCAAGAGUUGAAUGAAGAACCAGAAGAUCCGCGGGAAGAAGGCAGAGAAGAGGCAGAGGGUGUAGAUCUAACUAAAACAGAUGCUGAGGCCGCUUCUACUAGGCCUCCUAAAGAGGACCAGACAGAGUUCUCAGAGGAGUUGAAAGGUUCUCCUGCACAUCCAGAACCAGAAGAUAAUCCCAACAACAAUGAAAUCAAACCCUCACCAUGUCCUCCAGUAGAGCAGAUCAAUAAGUCAGUAGGAAAACCUGAAAGUGGCGCUUCAUCUCCACUCGCUCAUCUGAACAGCGAGGAGGAGGAGGAGGAGGAAGAUGAGGGACAGUCUUUUGAUUUCGAUGACUCAGACUUAGAAGCAGCUGUUGCAUCUGCUCAAUCCAACCAACCUGAACCAGCAGAUGUUGAGGAGCAAACUACGGCCAAAGAGGGUGAAGUCAACGGGAACGGUCCGGAGCUUUUCCAAACUACGGUGGAAACUAACGGAAGAGAUGAUGAGAAGUUUCCUGAGGAGGACGCUAAGGAGGCCAUUCUAUUGGAAGAAGGAGCAGAACCUCAGAACUCUCCUCGGCGUGGAGACGAUAUACCUGAAACCCUGGAAGAUGUUACAGAGUGCAUCCAGCAGGAGGCGUCCUCUGCAGUAGAGCUGGGAGUGGACGCAGCGGAGCUGACUACGGAUUCAGGAAAGCUUCCAGAACAAUCCGUCCAGUCAGGGAAGGAUUCCAAGAAGAAGAAGGGCAAAGGAAAGGGCAAGGAGGACUGUAAGAUGGCUUAGUCAGAAAAUACCGGGGGGGGGGCUUCCUUCAGCAUGGACAGCAUCAUUGCGGGGCGGGUCGGGGGGGCGGCAGCAGCUGCUGGACUUUAAAUAAUAAUAAUAAUAAUGGAACUAAAUGAAUCUCUCGCUCAUCCAAGACCUCCCUGCUCCUUCCACAUUAAAUUCCCUGGUUGGCCUCCUCUGGUCUGCAUGUGGGCCAAAUCCAGCCAGAACCGGACCAUCAACAGGUCCGAGUCAGUAUCUCUGGACGUCUUCGAACCAACAGGUUUCUGGUGACUCCUGGACAUCAGCGGUUUGGACCGGUACCGCCGUCCUCCAUUGGUUCUGCAGCACCACUGAUGGACUAUCACUGUUUUUAUGCAGCUCUUAAAUGUUCUCUAUCUUUGUAACACAAACGGUGUUUUUCUGGUCAAUGCUUCUUCCAAAGCAGCUUUUAAAGGUUUUAUCUGUCAGAACCAGGAUGAGGUUUGGACUCUACCGGGUCCCAUCAGAAUGUUUUUAAACAUCUUUGCAUCUUGUUGCACUAAAACGGUUGAAUCCUGCUGUUUGAAACCCAGAUCUAAAUAAACCUGGAAUGAAGACGCUGUGUCUCUGUGGACGUGGUUUGUGGGCAUGGGGUGUCUCCGUGGACACAAUGUGUCUAUAUGGGCGCGGUGUUUGUGGACGGUCAGUAUUUCUGUGGACGCAUUGUCUCUUUGGACAUGUUGUCUCUGUGGACGCCUAGUGUCUCUGGGCGCCUAGUGUCUCUGUGGGCGCGGCAUCUUUGUAGGCGCGGCAUGUCUCUGUACGCACCUAUUGUCUCUGGGCGUCUAGUGUCACUGCAGGCACGGUGUCUCUGUGGAUGCCUAGUGUCUUUUUGGGCGCCUAGUGUCUCUGUGGGCGUAGCGUCUCUGUGGACUCCUAUGGUUUCUGCAGGCACGGUGUCUCUGUGGACGCCUAGUGACUCUUUGGGCGCCUGGUGUCUCUGUGGACACCUAGUGUCUCUGGACGCCUAGCGUUUCGGUGGACGCCUAGUGUCUCUUUGGGCGCCUAGUGUCUCGGUGGACGCCUAGUGUCUCGGUGGACGCCCAGUGUUUCUGUGGACGCCUAGUGUCUCUGUGGACGCCUAGUGUCUCUGGAUGCCUAGCUUUUUGGUGGGCGCCUAG